UCUAAAAAUGUCAAAAUGGACUAAGAAACUGUGAAAAUUUUAAAGCAAUGCUAUUUUCAAAUGUUUACAACCACCUUGUUAAACUGUCAAAUAAAAUGGCCUGCGAAUCAACAAAAUGUUAUUCAACGGCCAUUCACACUACAAUUAUUGUGGUGUUAUCGCUACAGUUGCUUGGCACUAUCGAGAAGCAGGUGUUUGACUUCCUCGGCUACAUGUGGGCACCGAUCCUGGGGAAUUUCUUCCAGAUAAUAUGUACAAUUUUGGGCAUAUUUGGCACAUGCCAGUACAGGCCCAAGUUCAUUGCUGUGUAUUCAACAUGGAGCCUGAUCUGGCUUGGCUGGAACAUCUUUGUGAUCUGUCUGUACCUGGAGGUUGGCGUUCUCAACAGGAACAAGGAGCUGUACAUUCUUACCAUGGGAACAAAGUCAAAGAGCUGGUGGUUAGACCAUGGUAUUGGUUGCCGUGUCAACAAUGAGUCGUGGGUGGAAGAGGUUUCAGCAGAAACCGGCCGCCCAAUCCCACCUGAGGAGUUCGUGGAAGGGUGUAUCCUGGCGUAUUACUAUGUGGAGGUCAUACAUGCAGCUGUGCAGUGUCUGCUUGCGUUGACUGGUUUUGUGUUCACUCUUUUGGCCAUCUACAUUUAUGCGGAGGAACCUGAGACGAAUAUGCUGAUCCCAUGCACCACGCCUGUCAAUGAUGAGCUUGAAUUUGUAAAAAUGCAUACACUAACACAGAAUCCGACCCGACUUCAAAAUCCUACACCUUCAAGAUCUGGCACAGCAAAUCUCGCGUAUGAAAGUGACUCUCAGUCGAUGAGCACACGUACGACGCGUACAACAGAAUAUCACGAGACAAUUCCCCCGGCGACGCUGGAGCGUCCUCCUAGCUAUGAGACAAGUAUGAGAAAUCAACAAAACAAUGUGAAUCAAUAUCGCGCUGCAGACAGGCAAAGUGUGCGUAGUACACGCAGCGCGCGUAGUGCUAGAAGCGCUCGGAGUAAUCGGUCCACUAGGAGUGCGCGAACGAAACGUCGACGGGAAGAUCACAACGAACGCCGGGAGGAGCUGCCGUGGGUACAGAUAACUCCGUCGGCGAGCAACAUGAAUCAUAAUGACAGUAUGCCGUACGGGCAUUUUCCAUAAUUCCUUUUUUUUAAAAGGUGUUAAAUUGUUAGUGCAUAGUUUAUUUUACAUUUUCUUACAGUAGGCCUAUAUGAUGUUUUAUACAUGUAAAAAUAUUAAUGGUAGUUUUUAUUUUUGUACAAAAAAAAAAGAAAAUUAGAAUAAUUCAGAUAAGAUUAAUUUUUCAUGAGGCCUAAAAAAAAGGUUAGGGUUACAUCCUUUUCAAAAAUAGGUAGGGUAGGUAGGCUUUUUUUUAUUUAUUUUUUUAUUAGGCUUUAUAUAAGAAUGUUAUUUUCAUCAUUGGAGAAUGGUGUUAAAGUUAUAUCCUGUAUAAGCAUAUAUGGUUUUAAACUACACAUUGAAAAGCAAUUAAAAAAAAGAGAAUUUUUUUUUUUUAUUAUAUUUUUUUUUUUUAGUUUUUCAUUUUUUUUUUCAAACUGACUAAAAAAACGGUAGGGUCGGCGCCUAUUCCUAGGUAGGGUCGGGUAUUAUUAUAGAUUGUUCUUUACAAAUUUCUGUUUCUAUAAAAUGCCUGCUUUCCUUAGCAUGCCAUACAAAAGAAAUUUUUCAAGGUCAAAGUUGCCAGUCUAUUAGUAAGGAGUUAAAAUGAUUGCUUAUACUUGUUUUUAUCUCGCAAGUCUUGAACAUUUUUUUAAUCAAUUGUAACAAUCAUUGAUAAAUCAGUACUCAUGGUUUUAUCAUUUUUUUGCAAUAUCUCCAUUUUAAGCUUUUUCUUCUAUUUGCUCUUAAAAAAACACUUACAUCCACAGACUUAUAUAUAAGCUCACAUGGGUCGUUAUUCAUCUUACAUAUUAAGUCAUUUCCUUACUAAAGUCGUUCUCUUAAUUUCAGUUUCUCACUUGACAUAUGAUAUUAUAAAUACUUGAUAAUUUCUGAAAGUACUUUUUCAAUAAUUUUAUAUAAAAAAAACACAUUUGUUUAAAUGAACAACAAAGCAUUUCUUUAAAUUUGAGUAUAAAAACAGGCUGAAAAGAUUAUUUUCAUUGACUUUAUUUAAGAAAAAAUCACAUAGUUUAGUUUAAAAAAACCCAUUUAUUUAAUAUUCUGACUGAAGUUAGGAAAUGACUUUAAUAAGAUGAUUAAUAAACAGUGGCCCAGAAAAUAAACUCUUCUUGUGUUGUAAAAUUGUAUUUCAUCAACAUUUAAGUGGUGUUUCCUUUUCUUGCUUGGUAAAAUCUGGGUCACUUGUUAACUGGUAUCCAAUCUGACAGAUCGUAUCAUUAGUCUAUCUUUAAAUUAAAUCACACGCUAUCUUUAUAGCCAUAGAGGUCCUUUUUCUAGUUAUCUCCUGCUUCAAAAUAUAUACAAAUGCAUAGUCAUUAUAAGCCUUUAGGCAGAUUGUUCAGAAAUUUGUUAAAGUUAACAACGUUGUUAACUUUCUUGUUGUUAAAUUUACUACUUUGAAUGCUUCAUGGAUACACUUGUGAUCUGCUGUAUUUGUAACAAGAUUUGGGACAACUAUAUCAGCUGUACUUGUUUAUAUUUUAAUAUGAGAGCACAUAAUCAAACAGAUCAUGUUUAAAAAUUAACAACCAUGUUGUUAAUCACGCUGUUAACUUUAACAAAGUUCUGAACAAACAGCCCUCUAUUUCCUAACUAUGUCUGCUUUAGUCACAAAGAAAGUGUUCAGCACAUAAUAAUUAUUCGCUCAGUGGUUGUAGUCAAGUAUGUUCCAGUUGUUGUGUAGCUGUUAUGUAUAUCUAUACAAAUACAAAAUCUAUCAAUGUGUAUGCCUGAGAUUCACUGAUUGUAAUUAUUGUAUAACUAGGCAACAAUUAAUAAAUGGAUUGGCGUUUCCCUGCCCACAUUUUAGCUUGGGUUGCUAGGUAGUAAGGUAUUGACAAUUUUUACUUCUCAACCCCUAAAGUCCGCUUUGAAAAAUAAAAGAAAAAAAUGAAAUGACACUAGAGUGGCUUAAAAAAAAAAUCUGACACAUUAAUAUUUGUGAGUCGGUUAGGAUGCGCCAAAAAAAUUAGUUGUCACCUUUGAUAUUUUUUUUUUUUUUUUGAUUGUUUAAAUUGUUGUUUCAUUUGCCAAAACUUGCUUCAUUGUUUAAUUUUCAAUGUUAAUUAUUUAAAUAUUUUCGGCUUGUAUUCCAAUCACAAAAUCAAAAUGUUGGAGUUCAGACAAAGACCAAAAUACUGAAGUUUGGACAAUGACAAUAACUUUGAACAUCGACACCAUUUUGUUUCGAGUCUGAUAGUUCUUGUAUGCAUUUACUGCAUCUUGACAAAGAUUGCUGUCACUAGGUUUACAAAUAGAACGAGUUAAGACUGUUUUGCUGUUUGCUGUGUUCUCUUAAGCAGCUGAUUUUGUCCAUGUUGUUAUCACAUAUAUUGAUAUUGAAAUGUCUGAACAAAGGGCCUAGAAUUAUUUCUUUUCAUUGUUAUUUUGUACUUGUGAACUGCAACAAACAGAAAAGUGGUCUUAAUGUAAAAAAAAAUAAAAUAGGUCACAUUAUGGCUUCUGUCAUUCUUGUUUUAUUCACAGGAAAUGAUGUCAUCACUUUAUUCACAUGAAAUAGAUAUCAUAUUUCCUAAAUUUUGGCAAAUUCACUGUAAAACGUAUAUCAGCUUUUUGUGGUUAAUGUAUUUCCAUAAAAUUUGUACAGGACUACAGAUAUAAAUGAAUCUCCAUAUUGAAGUCUAAAUUUUCUGUAUUAUCAGUUACUAGUAUUACCACUAUCAUCACUUCAUGCUUCAUUUUGAUCAAAUGUAUAAAUUUAAUUGCUUAAAAAAGCUUUGAUGUUAACUUAAUUUUUCAAAAAAAUGUCAUGUUAAAAAAUUUGACUGAUUAGCAGAUAUAAGGUGAUUCGUAAGUGUACUUGUUUUAGUACAAGUGAAAUAUGAAGAAUAUUUAAUGAUUUUGGUUGUCUGAAAAUAAAAAAAAAUGUUUGAGCACACAUUUUUAUUUCAAGGGUUAAGAAAUAGAUAUGGUUGUGAUACGAUAUCUUAACUUUUAGCUAUAAAUAGACUAUGGUUCUUUUGUAGGCCUUACAGAAUGGAUAUUACAUCAGCGGUCAAUUACUUUACAUUUUAAAGGACAAGAAUUUUUGUUAUUUUUAAUGGAAACGAGCCAUGGCGAUAUAUAUAUUCUUAUCUAUUUAUAUCAUAAAUACUAAAUUGAUGUUUUACAGCGCUGAAGAAAUUAAACAUCACUAUAUAUACAUGUAUUUAUGCUAUUCUUUAAUGAAGUCGCAUGAGUUAUUAUUACACUUGUUGCAUAUCAAAAUUGUUUAAUUAAGUUAUGUCAUGACGGUGAUAUGGUGAUGCUGUUAUGAUAUAAUACAAUAAUUUUAUUCAUGUUGAAUUCACUUCUCAGAGUGGCUGAUCUCAUUUUCCAAACAUUCUUUUUUACUUUCUAUCAUAUAUUAUAUAACUUCUUUGCUUUUUUGGGAUACAAAUUGUGCAAGUCAAUUGUGAGCUUAGCACAAUUUUUCUAACCAAUUCAGCAUUAAAAGUUCCGGAUAAGCUACAAAUAAGUCAUGACCUUAGUGCAAUAAUUCAAUUACUGCAUAAAGAAAUAGAAGCUGAUGUUGAGUUCUUGCACUAAGGUCACGAAGUAAUAAUGAAAAUUACCAUUAGGUAGCUUAUCAGUUAAAGUACAGUAUAUUUUAUUAUGCUUUCCAGUAGUUUGUAGAGAUAUAUAGGUGAAAUAAAAAUGAUAUCCGUAAUAGUGAAAUAACAGUUUUAUAUUUUUCACUGCUUUUGAAAUGUUAGCCCACUGUCAGAAUCGAACAUGAGCGCGAAAGCUUGGGAACAAUUUUAACGAGGUCAUUUCUGAAAUGAUUUCAUACAAUUUGGCGCAUUUGAACUUCAAUUUACUAUAGUUUUGUAUCUAUAUAGUCAUAUGAUAAAGAUAUUUUUUUGUUUUAUUGUACGAUCGCAACAUAUUUCACCUCAUGAACACCAAAAGCAAAUAUUUCAAUUGUGAUUAUGCCACUCUUGAAAUAUAAUGUUUGGUGCUUACUCACUGAAAUAUAUUACGAUCUUACACUUGAACAAACAAUGAUCCUGUUAGUAUUUAUUGUAACUUUGUAACAGUACUGGUAUUCAAUCUAACAAUGCAAAAACUAUUGGUCCAAUAUCAGAUUUUUGUUCGGCACAAACAUGUAUACUUAAGUUUGAAUUAUAUAUCAUUAUUUUUUAUACCUUAGUAUUAAUUUCUCACUGUAGAUUGUUUUGAUAGUACCUGUCAGAUACUUACUUGAACUGAAAUGUGUAAAUUCAAUUCAGUUUUCAAUAGUGUUAAUAAUGCUUCUCAAAAAUAAAACAUUUGUUGUCACAUUUUCAAAAUAUUUUGGAGAAAAUAUAUCAUAAAAAUUAUUUGAACUUUUGAAUCACCUGAUAUUUAACUUAGAAUCCAAGUGUUUUGAUUGAACUGUAAAAAUAACUGGCCAAUGACCUGAAUGGAAACAGUGAAUCUUGAAGCACAAGGAUGAAAAUGAUAUUGAAUACGAAAAUAUUAUUAUAAUAAGUUUGUUCACAAAAUUAAAUCUUAGAUGUCUGACAAGAGAGUCCCUUUAAAAAAACAUCUACAGAAUUUAAAAUUAACUUGUACUGUGAGCAUUUUAUUAAUGUAUGGAUGGAAAAUGUUAUAUUAUGAUAGUCUCGAUGUUAAACUGUUUUUCAUGCCUUAAUUUAUGUAAGGAUUUGUUUAAUGAUUGCUCGAAGCUGAUUUGUUUGUAAAUAAGUCACAUAUAGUUUUGCGUUCAUUUGAAGUUAUUCUAGUAACAGCACAUUUAAUUGUAUGGUGUUAACUUAAUAUAUACAUUUGCUGUAUCUUUUUACAUUACUUGAAUAAUCAUGUAUGUUCAUAUGAUUUAAUUAUUGUUUAAUGUCAAAUAUUAUUCAAUUAUCUCGCCAUCAUUUAUUUAUCAACUCUCAUUCUUUCAUUAUGAGCUUUGUAAAUUACUGAAUAUUACUUUUUAUAAAACACUAGGAUAUAUAAUUUGUAGGGGAAAUAUAGGGAUAAAAAUAGGGUAAAAAACUCUUUAUACUAUUAUAUUUUUUAUUAUGGGGAAAAUCGAAUUGGAAACAAUUUACGGAACAUUAAUACUAUAAAUAGUAAGUAGUCAAUAAUUUCAAUUCUGGGUAGAAUAAUUCUGUACUAUCUAUCGUAAAAUUUGGUAGUGAAUAUUGAAAGCUAAUACAUUCUGUGUUUGUCCGUAAGACGUGCAUUACCUAAGUCAUGUGCAGGGUUUUGUCUCUUGUAGACAUUAUGUUUGAUUCUUGGAUUUAUACAUUGGCUUAUCCCAACUGAAAUCAUCAUCCUGACCAGCACACCUGCUGACUGUUGAAUAUGACACAUUUCUCUAUUGUAUGAUAACAUUGAACUAUGUGGUAGGUUACACAAAGCCAUUAUUAUAAUCACAUAUUUGAUCCAUGAUUAGCAGGCAUGGGUAGACAUUUUACAAAGAACCUACGCAUCUAAUGGGACAAAUCUGACAAAAUAUUAGAGCCAUUUUCAAGAGUCAUCUUUGUAAAAAAAAGCUAACAGAUAAAAGAUCUCAUUAGAAAAUAAUUACCAUUGUUGUUAUUUAACAAAAUAUAAAACCUUAACAAAUCAUUCACACUAUAAUAAUAAAAAUAAUUUAAUUGUAUGUAAAAAAACCCAUAAAGAAAUGAUGACACUUAUAGCCUUAUAAUCGUACCACAUAAAAAAUAAGAUAUUUUAGUUACGUAGUUCUGAUUUAUGUUACUGUAUUGCUAUACAUUAUGGCAGAAUCUUUCAGUAUCAUCGGAUCAAUGACUAUACUUCUGUCAUUUUUAGACAAUGUGUAUUUUUCUCAUUAGAUAUUACUUAUGAUUUCUACAUCCAUUUUGUACAUUGAUAUGUCUUGCGAAUCAUUUGUGUAACAGGUGAUAUUUUUUGAUGAUUAUUAAAAAUAAAUGUGAUGUUAA